AUGCUUCUGGCCACAGUCCUCAGCUCUGCCUUGCUUCUCUGCUCCGUGGCAGGCCAGACGUGCUCCACAUUAACAGGCAUCAACGACAUCAGCUACCUCAUCAACAACCUGCAGAAUGAUCCACUGUACACAUGCAACUGCAGCACCAAUGUGAGCUCUUGUCUGUGCCUGCCCAUCCCUUCUGACAACUGUACCACGCCUUGCUUCCAGGAGGGGCUAUCACAGAUGAUCAAUGCCACACAGAAGACAAAAUUCUCACUGAUCGUCCGUCGGGUGAAAAGAAUAGUUGACGUCCUGAAGAACAACAAGUGUCCGCUUUUUUCUUGUGAACAGCCAUGCAACAAAACCAUAGCCGGCAACACGGUGACAUUUCUGAAGCAGCUCCUGGAACCUUUCCAGAAAGAAAUGAUAAAAAGGGAGGGAGCUCGAAUAUGA